GAUCUGUCUGGGCUCAGAGGACGGAGCCAUUCAUUCUUCUGCGGUCCGGGCAAAACGUGGAGGAGGAUGAAGCCACUGUGAGGGAAAGAAAGAAAAAAGAAGAAGAAGAAGAAAUCAAGCCAGGAUCGAGCUGCACAAACCUCGGAGAAGACGCGAGAAGAUCCUCCAACUUUCCGACUGACUGAGCCAACACUUCCACGUUGAGAGGACUCUUACAUCACCUGGAUUUAACCGAGGAGAUUUUGUCUCUGCGUCCGCCACCGGAUUCCACACAGAAGGUGUGUCUGAUGUGACGCCAGCGGGCUGGCUCAGGGAACACAACUUCAAUACAAUGUAGACACCAAAAACCUGGCAGAGUCAGAGUCUGAAGACCGAGCCGACAGAAGGAGGGCGAGUUCAAGGAGGAGGAACAACAGCUGGGCCGGAACAGCAGAGGAAGAUAAGAAGUGAAAGAGAGAAGAAGCGGGAAUCAGCAGACCGUGAAUCAUUGACGAGAACCUUUAGUGAACAGCAUCGCCUUCUUAUUCCUGUGAAGAGUUCACUCGUUCUCCUCCAGAGAAGGAUCUCAGCUCCUACAGAGGGACUCAUCCAGCCACCGUCAGCAUGUGCCAUGUCAUUGUCACCUGCCGCUCCAUGCUGUGGACUCUGCUGAGUAUCGUGGCCGCAUUCGGAGAGCUCAUCGCCUUCAUGAGCACUGACUGGCUGGUGGGAUUCCCUCGCACGCCUGAUGCCGUCUUCGGCCCCCAUGGGGCCACCACAGCCGGGGAGGCUUACAGACCCACUUUAGGCAUCUACGGCCGCUGUAUAAAACUGCCCCACCUGCAGCGGGGCAUACUGUGUGGACCGUACGCGGUGCACUUUGGGGAGAUAGCCAGCGGGUUCUGGCAGGCUACUUCUAUCUUCCUGGCAGCGGGGAUCCUGCUGCUGUGUGCCGUGGCAUUCAUCUCGGUCUUCACCAUGUGCUUCCAAAGCAUCAUGAAGAAGAGCAUCUUCAAUGUGUGUGGACUGCUGCAAGGGAUCGCAGGUCUGUUCUUGAUCCUGGGUCUGAUGCUGUAUCCCGCUGGCUGGGGUUCAGACAAGGUCCAGCUGUACUGCGGUCCAGACGCCGCUCCGUACCGGGCCGGGCUCUGCUCCAUGGGCUGGGCCUUCUACACUGCCAUGGGCGGCACCGUGCUCACCUUCGUCUGCGCUGUCUUCUCCGCUCAGGCCGAGAUCGCCACCUCCAGCGACAAGGUUCAGGAGGAGAUCGAGGAGGGCAAGAGCCUGAUCUGCCUCCUCUGAGGCUCAGAUUGUCCUGUGGAGAGAGGAGGAGGAGGAGAAGAAGAAGAAUGCAGCGGAGACGGGCCAAUAACGAUCAACUCCUGCUCGUCUGUCUGUUCUCAUGAGGCCGGCCUGUGAAGUGGAGGCCCCUGCAUUGUUUACCACUAAAACUGACUCUGAUUUUGUCUCUGUUUUAUGUUUAUGUGGGAGAAAUCUACAAGUGCCAAGUUUUUUUUGUUUUUUUUCAGUGUGUGUCUUUGUCUUUCUGCCACUAGAGGUGCUGUCUGUUAUUGUAUUCAUGUUAACCAUGUGGACGCCCACAGAGGCUUUGUCUGCCGCCACAUGUUCUGUAAAUAAGUGUGAUUAUAUAUAUUUUGUACAUAGUUAUGAUUGCAGAAUAAUUUUCAGCUUGCUCCAGGCUGGGCUGAUGAUGUCUCUCUUGCCUUAAAAAAAAAACUAACAAAAAAAACAAAAAACACUGGUGUUUUUGUCGCCAGACCACAAACCAGCAAACCUGGAUCUGUUAUCCGUUUGCCACGUGUGAGUAUUAACUCAAGGGAACCACUACUCAGUCAGAAUAAACUGCUCCCAGAAGGAAAGGCCUUUAGCUCAGAGUGGAUGACCUGUAGAGCUCACAGAAUGUACUAUUUGAAUGACUAAUGUGUUUGUAGACCUUUGAAAUGUAUCGGUGGGAAUGAUUCUUCACACGGACUGCAUGAGGACAAAGCAAAGGAAGCUCUGUGGUGCGUUUUUGUUUGUCAGGAGCCUGACAUGAAGCAAGCUUAAUCCUAGCCAACGGCCUGUGAAGAGUCUGGUCCUCCUUCAGCAGACAUCCAAGUAACCUGUGCACAAAGUCAUGGACUGAUGAGGACACAUGCGACAAACAAAUGAAGUAUUGCUGUUGUUAGUCUGGUUUCAGGGAGUGUGUCGAGUCAUGCAUAGUGUCCUGUCUAUUCUGAUUUGUUUCUGCCAAACGAAUAAAGAGAAGGGAAAACGA